UUUGUUAAUAAUUCCUUAAUUUCCAAAGAAAAGUGCAUUUAAUGUUGUGAAAAUUAACAAUAUCCUAAUCAAUUCCAUAGUGCAAAUAAGAAAAAUUAAUAAAAUACAAAGAAUAUAAGCUUUUUGUUGACCUUAAAAAUGAAGGCGUAGACGACGUAAAAAAAAAAAUUGUAUACCAGUGCAUGCACCAUCACAUACAUUUCCAUUUUUUGUCUAUGAACGAAAGUGUUCCAAUAACAACGAAUAAAUUGUAAACGAAAGCAAAACAAAUGGCUAAUAUUUAAGUGAAAUCAAUUCAAAUAAAUAUUUUGUGUUUUUUGUGAAAUUUAUAUACCAAAACAAAUUGAUCAUUUGUUCGCUCAGAUUCAGAUCAAAGAAAUAACAGUGCCCCUGAAAUAAGAAAUUUCGAUGAUAGUAUGGAGCUGGCACAUAGUUUAACUUUAAACGAAGAUGCCCUUAAGCAGUUACCCGAGCCAAAACGUUCUGUAUUUAUUUUCGAAUGGUUGGGUUAUUUGGAGAAGACGCUACUUGAUAUAGAUCGCAAUGAAAUUAAAAAUCAUCAAAAGAAACUUGUGCAGCAAUUGACCGCUCAAAUUAAUGGCUCACCCGGGCCGCCGACACGAAAAUUAUUGGCCAGUUGUUUGGCGACAUUGUUUUCGGUGGGCGACACCUUUAUGUUAUUUGACACGGCAAAUGUGUGCAAUGAUAUUUUAAAAAAUAAGGAUGAUUCACCCAGUUACUUGCCUACCAAGUUGGCUGCUAUAUGCGUUCUUGGUUCUAUGUAUGAAAAACUGGGACGUAUGAUGGGCCGUUCAUAUGAGGAGACGGUAAAUUUGCUUUUAAGAACUCUACGUAAUGCUGAAUCCCAGGCUCGCAUUGAAAUCAUGAUUACAUUGGAGAAAGUUUGUGCUGGCAUGGGUACGGCUAUAGCUAAUGUCCACAAAGAUAUUUAUAAGGCAACCAAACAUGGCUUAACUGAUCGUGUUAUGGCCGUGAGAGUUGCAGCUGCAAAAUGUAUUCUAGAAAUGAUACAACAUGCUCCAUUUCUGUAUCAAACUGAACUCGAAAGUUUGCCAGCUUUGUGUUUUCGUGCAUUCGAUGGCAGCAGUUAUGAAGUUCGUUGUUCCGUGGCAAAACUAUUGGGCACAUUAUUAGCAUUUACUCAACAACAACAGAAUGAGGCCAACAAUAAGAAAUUGUCGGUUCAGCCGACACAAUCGAAGUCUAACGCCAGACAGGUAUCGUUGGACGAGACGCUAGGUAUACUUAUGUCGGGCUUUCUGCGCGGAGGAGGUUCUUUUCUUAAAGGCACUGGAGAAAUCAUCAAAGGCAGUUCGAGUGUAAAUCGUGAGAUACGUGUGGGUGUAACACAUGCUUAUGUAGUGUUUGUGGAUUAUAUGGGAAGUGUUUGGUUGGAGCGUAACUUGUCUACAUUCCUCUCGCAUGUAUUGGAUCUAGUGGCCAAUCCCAAGGCGGCCUCGUCGCACGUUGAUGCCGUUUAUUCUCGCAAGUGUAUCAAUUUCAUACUUAGAUCUGUGCUGGGCAAAAUGCUUGGCGAAAAGGCCCAAACAUCAGCCUGCAAGGAACUGGUCUAUAUGAUAGCAAAGCAAAUGAACUCGAUAGACUUUAAUCCCGAAAAUGCCAAGGACUCGAAUCAAGAAACUCUGUUCAGUCAGCACUUCUUGGUCUGUGCACUACAAGAAUUGGGUUCUUUAGUAUUGGGUUUGGGCACAACAGCUCAAAAUCUUUUGGCUGAUCAAACUCUUAAUGCUAUAGAUACCACUUGCGCUGUUUUGGUGCAUCCAAGUGCUGCAGCUAGAUUGGCCGCUGCUUGGUGUUUACGAUCCUUCUGUGUUGCUGUGCCAAGUCUAAUAACACCACUAAUCGAUCGAUUUGUGGAUGCUCUCGAGCAAAUGCGUUCAUCUCCGGAAGCCGUAUCGGGUUACAGUUGCGCUUUAGCGGCUAUUUUGGGAAGUGUACGUUACUCUCCUUUAGGUAUACCACAUACCAAAGGUAAAGUUGUAUUCAAUGCAGCAGAAGAAUUACUGCGUUCAGCUUCUCAAAACAGUCGCAUGUCGUUAAAUCGUACCCAAGCCGGUUGGUUGUUGAUUGGAUCCAUAAUGACUCUGGGAUCGCCGGUAGUAAAGGGCUUACUACCAAGAUUGCUGCUAUUGUGGCGUCACUCCUUCCCCCGUUCCAACAAGGAGUUGGAAUCGGAAAAGGCCCGUGGGGAUUCGUUUACCUGGCAAGUUACCCUAGAAGGACGUGCAGGAGCUUUAUCGGUAAUGCAAAGUUUUUUGGUCAACUGUCCCGAUCUAGUGACAGAAGAUAUUAUAAAACGUCUACUGACACCCAUAGAGAGUGCUUUAGCUAUGUUGGUAAAUUUAUCUUCCGUAUUGAAAAGCUAUGGCACACAAUUAAAAGCACCCGCCGCCAUGGUACGCUUACGUCUUUAUGAAACUUUAUCUCAAUUGCCAUCCAAUGCUUUAGAAGCUUCUUAUACCCAUUUAUUGCGUAUGCUUAUAUCCGAAUUUACUUUGGCUGAAAAUCCAGCAAACACCACAAAUUCUCUGCUACGAAGUCUAUGCCAUGCUGAUGACUCUGUAAUAUUGGGUACUUGGUUACAAGAAACAGAUCAUCGUAUUAUAGAAGAUCAGAUGGAACCAAACCGUAGAUGUGACGGUGAUCAUCUUCAACCAAAUAGUGCAGCCGGCUCUGGUGCUUUGGAACACGACCCCUGUUGUUUGUACAGAAUUUCUGGCAAUUCAUCGAAUGCUACAGUUAACGGAGCCUAUGGUUAUAAGGUUGAUCAGUGUCCUGGGCCUCUUCCACUUGGUGUUGCUAUCAUAGAUAUGUCCAUAACGUUAUUUGGUGUAAUUUUCCCCAAAGUGGCCAAUAAGCAUCGUUUACAAAUGUUGGAUCAUUUCGGUGAAUGCAUAAAGCAGGCUAAGAGCAGUCGCCAAGAGGCAGUUCAAAUGAAUGUAUAUACAUCUUUGCUGUGUAGCUUAAAGGUGCUAACGGACAACAAGGCUAGUGUUGGCCAAGAAGAUGUACGAAAAAGUUUUACCAAUCUAGUGACUUCGGGUCUAAUUAGCUCGAACUCAAUGUUGAGGUGUGCUUCAGCUGAGGCUCUGGGUCGUUUAGCGCAAGUUGUGGGAGAAUCACGGUUUACAGCAGAAUUGGCGCAAAAUUCGUUUGACAAGUUAAAGUCCGCCCGGGAUGUGGUAACACGUACUGGUCACUCUUUAUCCCUGGGUUGUUUACAUCGCUAUGUUGGUGGUAUGGGCUCGUCUCAACAUUUGAAUACCAGUGUGUCUAUAUUGUUGGCUUUGGCACAAGAUAUUUCGUCGCCUGUGGUUCAGUUGUGGGCUCUACAUGCUUUGGCAUUAAUUGCUGAUUCUGGUGGGCCAAUGUUCCGAAGCUAUGUCGAGGCAACAUUGACAUUGUGUCUAAAACUUUUACUAAAUGUUCCGCAAUCAUAUGUGGAUGUUCAUCAGUGCAUUGGUCGUGUUUUGAACGCUUUAAUUACAACAAUGGGUCCCGAACUUCAAGGAAAUGUUGGAGGCGUUGCAAAAAUGCGCAGAUCGUAUAUUUGCGCAGCUUAUAUAAUGCAAGGUCACUCCGAUCCUUUGGUCCAGGCUGAAGCUACCGGUUGUCUGCAGCAAGUGCAUCUUUUUGCACCGGGCAGCAUUUGUUUACCCACAUUGGUUCCGACGCUCGUUAAGAACUUGUCUAGCAACUAUUUAACCCAACGUAAAGCUGCUGUUUCUUGUCUUCGCCAACUAGCACAUCGUGAAGCCAAAGAGGUUUGCGAUCUGGCCUUAUCGAUUAAACCCGAUGACUGUCCCAAACUAGUUGUUACUGAAUUUGGUCUUCCUGGCAUCCUAUUUGCCAUGUUAGACUCCGAAACAGACAUUGAAAUGCUUAAAAAUAUUCAUGACACUUUAAUGUCAAUGCUGCAAUUGAUGGCAGCAGAAAGCUUAAGCACCUGGCUGAGUCUGUGUAAAAAUGUUCUAACGGUGGCUGUCGAAAAUUCACCUCUCCCAGAUGAUGUUGCUAUAACCUCAAAAGGAGAUGCUUCGAAGACGAGCUCAGCUGCAAGUGCGACAGCAUCACAUAACUUGGCCAAUAAUGAUGAGGAUGAUGAUGACGAAGAAGAUGAUGCUGAUGAUGUUACUGAAUAUCAUGCCACAGAAAACUCUUCCCAUCCAGCCAUUCAACCACGCUGGACUACGCGCGUAUUUGCCGCCCAAUCUGUAAGAAAAAUUAUGUCGGCUUGCGAGUCUGACACUCCCAUACACUUUGACUUGCUGCAGGCCAAAGAAAUGCAAAUGACCAAGUCGAGCGGUGACUACCUUAUACUUCACCUCUCAGAGCUUAUACGUAUGUCAUUUAUUGCCGCUACUUCUGACUCUGAUCAGCUGCGUUUAGAGGGUUUAAGAACUUUACAGGAAAUUAUCGAUCGAUUUGCAAAUGUACCGGAACCUGAAUUUCCUGGACAUUUACUGUUAGAACAGUUUCAAGCUCAGGUGGGUGCGGCAUUGAGACCAGCUUUUGCUCCGGACACUCCAUCUCAUGUUACGGCUGCCGCCUGCGAAGUUUGUUCAGCUUGGAUUGGUUCGGGUGUGGCACGUGACCUAAACGAUUUACGUCGUGUCCAUCAGUUAUUAGUGUCGUCUUUAAACAAAUUACAUACGAAAACCAACAGCACACAAUUAUUCAACGAAUCCAUGACCACACUUGAGAAACUGAGUAUAUUAAAGGCUUGGGCUGAAGUUUACAUUGUUUCUAUGAUUACCAACAAUACCGCCCCGGCAUCUUUGCUAAGAAAACAGUUGACCGCCUCAAACUUGAUACCAUCACUAACAGUUGCAAUUGAAAUGGAUGACGACGAAACAAUUGCAGCUGACUACGGCAAUGAUAGAAAUUGUGAGAGUCUUUUGUCUUUGGUAAAGCCAGAGUUGGAUAACCUUUCCACUCAUUGGUUGGCUGCUAUGAAGGAUCAUGCUUUGCUUUUAUUGCCAGCCGAGUUCCAAAGUCAAUUACCACAUGAUGGGGGAGCUUUUUAUACUCCCGACACUAUUAACUCUUCAAAACCUCAUUAUUUGGCGUCCUGGCCUCCUAUUUUAUAUGCGGCUUCAUUGUGGCUGAAGGAUGAAGGCUUUGAAUUACAUCUGGAGUCAUCUAGUCAAACAGAUGCUGAAGCCAACAAUAUUGAUAAUACAUCUUUGGAAGCUAAUAACAAUAUUUCGCAUGGCUCGUUGUCGGCCGAUCGUUUUCAUAUGAUCUUUGGUCUGUGUAUGGAAGCAUUGUGUAGUGCCAGAACUUCGGAAAAACCAAAAAAUGUGAUAAGUUGUUUACAGUCUAUGUAUACCAUAUUCGAUUCAAAAUGGGCACGCCAACAGUUGGUUAAAGACAAGGUCUUAACUAUUGAGUUGUGCAAUGUGUUGCACAGACAAAUAUUGACCAGCGAUGACUUGUUUGUUCAGCUCUUAUGUAUUGAAAUUCUUAAACAAUCUGUUCAAGCUUCUAAAGAACAACUCACAGAAUUACGUGAUGAGUACCUGGAGAAACACAAGAAUAUAGAAAAUGCUGAUAAUAUUUCAUUGCAAGAACAAAUCGACCAAAUGGGCGAAGGCGGUAGUUCAGGGGAAAUAACACCUGGAUCCUCACACAUAUACGCCAUUUUAGAGGUGUGUUUAUGUCUUUUUGUACGUCAAAUUCCAACCAUGAAUCCUGGGGCCGCGAAUACGGUACAAUUUCGUCAGGAUUUAAUAGCCAAAACGGCGUUAUCUUCACAAUCAUUCUUUAAUAAAUUGGCAGAGGACAAUGGCAGAUUAGUGGCCAGUGCUUUGGAAUGCGUUGAGGAACUAACCACUCUCUGUUCUCCCAAAGGAGCUUUAGCUAUAUUACCCACCAUACUAUACAUGACAACUUCCAUUAUAAAGGAAAUAGCUAAUAAAUCUUUUAUUGACUCCACCAUUUUAGCCAAUACGGUGGCCAUUCAAGCAGCUUUACAUGCUCUGGAAUCUAUUUGCAAAGAUAAAUGGUCCAAACAUCCGUCGGUAGCUAGCGAGUGGCAAGAACUAUUACAAAGCUCUUUGGCCACCAUAGUGGAUCUAACAAAAACCGCAGGCAACAAUGAGGAUAGAAAAAUGGAUGAGGUGACUAUGCUGAGGGCUAUAGCUGUUUUCAUACUGCACACUCCUGCGCCAGUAGUGUCAACACCAUCUCUACAAUAUCCUUGCAUUAAUCACUUCCGUCAGUAUUUGCAAUCGGAUAAUUUGUCCGUAAAACUAAAGUGCAUACAAACGGCCCGUCUGAUAUUUUCACAAUCCGAGUUAAAGGUGUCUACACCCUACAUACAUGCUCUGGCUCCCCGCAUUAUUGAGGGCUUGUAUAUGGAGAAUUCCAAGCAGCCACGAACCGAUCUAGAAUUGCAAAUUGUUUUGGAAAGCAUUGUAACCGUUGAAGCUCUUAUUGAAUUAGCUGAACCACAUAAUCGCAUACAAAUGUUAACUCUACUGGUGCCAGUGCUAAUUAACUAUCUAGCUGAGCCUUCGAAAUGGCGCAAUCUACCAAAAUAUCAACGUCAAUUACACGAACAGGCAUUACAAUGGCUUAUGAAAAUCGGCCCUAAAUAUCCACAGGAAUUUAAGUCAUUGAUGGGCCAGUCACCAGAAUUGCGUCAAAAAUUAGAAGCGGCAGUUCGUUGUCAACAGCAAUCUGUGGCUAUUGCCAACCGGGUGCAGACGGCACAGUCUCGCAAUGGCCUCGACAAACAACAGAAACCCACUAUAAAACUGAAAACUGAUUUUAGUAAUUUCCAAUAAAUGUUGCAAAUAAAAAAAAGAAAAACUUUGCAUGGCAAAGUUUUAAUUAAUAUUUUAAUUAGCAUUGAUUAAAAAAUACAUAUAUAAUAUACUAUAACUAACAAUAAGUAUAGAAUAAUAUUAAUACUACAUAGAUACAUACCUAUAUACAUAUAAUACAAACAAUACAUAAUGUAUUUAUACAUACUUACAUAUUCGUCAUGUUGUUGCUUACAAUAAGAACAAUGAAAUACGGCUUUUAAUUAUAUUAUAAUUUGCAACAAUUUACAAAAGCUAAAUACUAAAAUAUAACUGUAUUUAGUUUUUAGCAAAAUUUUAAAGAAACAUAUAAUGUAUGAAGUGUAUCUCGUAUCUAUUACAACAAAUGUUACAUGUUAAAAAAAAAAUACUUAUUAAAAAUAUAAAAAAAGAUUUUGUCAUUAUUAACCAA